AUGUCCGCUGCAGACCUCAAUAACAAACCAAAAUCAGGUCGUAAGCACAUUACAAGCAAAAGACAGGAUGAAAAAAUAAGGAAUAUGGCCAAAAAAAAUUUUGAUAUAACAGCCACUGAAAUAAAGUUGGAAAUGGAAAAAUGUAAUGUCAAAGUAAGCAAGAAUACAAUCCGGCAUCAUUUGCAUGAAGGGGGUGCCCAGUAUAUGAAUCCACUUUCCAAGCCUCUUCUUACCAAAAGGCACAGAGAAAAUCAUCUGAUAUGGCAUCCAUUGAAGGUCCACGUUUGGAGUUGUUUUUCUUCUUCAGGUUUUGGCAAGCUAAUCCUUUUUCAAAAAAAUAUAAAUGCUAAAUUUAUGAUUACUAUUUAUGAAAAAGGUCUUCUGCCAUCCUCUAUAAAAAAAUGGAAAAAGGAAAAUGAUAUAAAGAUACUUCCCUGGCUGUCUGUUUCACCUGAUCAAAACCCUACUGAGAAUGUGUGGGCAAUCAUGAAAAUUAACCUUGCAAAAAAAAAAAUUAGUAAUCUUAGUACUUUGAAAGCGGAAAUAAACAAUGAAUGGAAUCAAUUACCAAGUAGUCUUGCAGUAAAAUUAGCUGCUAGUACAGUUAAAGUUAGAAGUCAUGUUCAAAGAACUUCUUAUAAGAAUAAUGAAAAAAAAUUUAAUAAUGUUGUAUCUGGUAAUCGACAUGUUGGUGCGAGAAGAACUUUAUUUUACCCAGCUGCUGAAGAAGAGCUUAUUAAAUGGAUAAAUGAACUUCGACAAAUAGGAAUUGCAGUAACAUCAGAUGGGACAGAAGAUGAUUUAUUAUAUAAUUCAGAUCAAGAGAAUAGUAAAAUCGAUGAUAAUGAAGAUUUGUUUGAGGUAGUUGAAGAAGAUAGUUUAUCUGCUGAAGAACUAGAAGAUUAA